AUUGUUGCUGAGCUGGUCCAGGUCGAAAGCCAGAGAGAUGAACAAAAGUAGGAGAUUUUACAUCUUCUGAAUUCUAUCACAGAUCUUGAAGGCCAAUGGGCAAAGGCUGAAAAAGAUAAAUGGGCCCAAGUGCAGUCUGUGGAGGCAAAGAUGGAGGCAGAGAUUAAAAGACUGAAUUCUGCACUGCAUGAUCUUCAGGAAAAGCACGAUUCUCUCCUGGAUGACAACAAGAGCAUUGCUGCUGAGCUGGUCCAGGUUGAAAGCCAGAGAGAUGAACAAAAGAAGGAGAUUUUAAAACAUGUAAAAGCUAUCACAGAUCUUGAAGACCAACGGGCAAAGGCUGAAGAUGAUAAAUGGGCCCAAGUGGAGUCUGUGGAGGCAAAAAUGCAGGCAGAGAUUGAAAGACUGAACUCUGCACUGCGUGCUCUUCAAGAAAAGCGCGAUUCUCUCCUGGAUCAGAACAAGCGUGUUAUUGAUGAGCUGUUCCGGGUUAAAAGCCAGAAAGGUGAACAAAAGGAGGAGAUUUUAAGGCUUAUGAAAGCUAACAGAAACCUUGAAGACCAAUGGGUAAAGGCUGAAAAAGAUAAGCAGGCCCUAGUGGAGUCUGUGGAGGCAAAAAUGCAGGCAGAGACUGAAAGACUGAACUCUGUACUGCAUGAUCUUCAAGAAAAGCAUGAUUCUCUCCUGGAUCAGGACAAGAGCAUUGUUGCUCAUCUGGUCCAGGUCGAAAGAAAGAAAGAUGAACAACAGAAGGAGAUUUUACAGCUUGUGAAUUCUAUCACAGAUCUUGAAGGCCAAUUGAAAAAGGCUGAAAAAGAUAAAUGGGCCCAAGUGGAGUCUGUGGAGGCAAAGAUGGAGGCAGAGAUUAAAAGACUGAAUUCUGCACUGCAUGAUCUUCAGGAAAAGCACGAUUCUCUCCUGGAUGACAGCAAGAGCAUUGUUGCUCAUCUGGUCCAGGUUGAAAGCCAGAGAGAUGAACAACAGAAGGAGAUUUUAAAGCUCAUGAAAUCUAACAGAGACCUUGAAGACCAACAGGCAACGGCUGAAGAAGAAAUAAUGCAGAAGGAAAAUGAACUAGAAAAACAGAGCAGAAUAAUUGCAGAUAAGCAGGAGCAGAUAAAUGAUCUGAAUAAAGACAGAGAGAUUACAGGACGGAUAACCGAAGAUCUUAAGGAUCAGCUGAGUUUGCUCCAGCAGGAACAGACAUUGGCUGAUUUAAGAGAGGUAUGCGAAACUGCAGCAUCUGAAGAAAUGGAGGAUCCUGUUGCAAACCUGCCUCCUAACAUGGUUCAAAAUAGUGGUUCAUGGUCUCACUGUGCCAAACGCCUACUUAAAGUAGGUUCAGGUCUAAUUCCUGCAGGUAUUGUGUCAGCCUCAGUGUAUUACAGCUACAACGCACGUACCGAUUAUUCUCCUUGGGACAUCGUCAACAAUCUCUUCAAUCCCUACCGCAAAUUUGAAUAUAUACCACCUCCCUUUUAAAGAAUGGAAUGGUGUUUUCCAUCUACAGUCCAGAGAGCCUUAUGUUGCUUAUAUUAUGCAAGUGAAAGUAGAUGUGUGUGUGUUCUUUUCCCCUUACCCCCAACCAGUCACAGCAGAUGACUGCCCCGCCCUGAGCCUGGAUCUGCUGGAGGUCUCUUCUUGUUAAAGGGAGUUUUUCCUUCCCACUGUCACCAAGUGCUUGCUCAUAGGAGAUCAUUUGAUUGUUGGGGUGCAAUACUAGUCAAAAGUUUUGACACACUCACCCAUGGGUGUGUCCAAACUUUUGACUAACUGUAUGGGAUUGAACUGAAUUGGCUUGAAAAACUGAAGAACUCAGG